AUCUGGAUCAACGUCAACAACAAAUUUUGCAUCAUGGAGCCUAUAGUUCUAGUGCAUGGCGGUGCCGGUGAUAUACCGGAUUGCAAUGUCGAGGCUAAAAUAGUGGGGGUAAAAAAAUCGGCCAAAAUAGGAUACGAAGUCCUGAAAAAUGGAGGCUCCGUUCUUGACGCUGUCGAGGCUGCCGUGAAGUCCAUGGAGGACGAUGAAGCUUUUAACGCCGGUUUUGGAUCGGUUUUGAACCUUGACGGCGAGGUGGAAAUGGAUGCAAGCAUAAUGCUUGGUGAAACUUUAAUGUCUGGUGGUGUGACAAUUGUAAGAGACAUAGAACAUCCUAUAAGUUUGGCGAGACUGGUGAUGGAGAAAACUCCGCAUUUCACGUUGGCUGGCGCGGGUGCCAACAAAUUCGCCACAGAACAAGGAGUGCCAACCGUGCCACCAGGCAGUUUGGUGACGAAGUCCGCACAGCAAGCCCUAGAUCAGUUCAAAAAAACCGGUUAUGUUAGGACCGAAAUAGGGGAAAAAAACACGGGUGAAGUUGGCACAGUGGGCGCUGUUGCCAUCGACUCUCAAGGCCGUUUGGCGGCGGGGACGUCGACGGGGGGGCUGAACGGCAAAAUGGUGGGCAGAAGUAGCGACACCUCGGUUAUAGGGAGCGGCACGUACGCCGACGACGACUUGGGAGCGGUUUCAACCACCGGGCACGGGGAGACCAUAGCGAGAUUCUGCCUGGCUCAUACCAUAAUAAAAUCCAUGGAAUCGGGUAGAAAUGCCGAGCAAGCCACGCAUGAAAGUCUGUGCAAAAUGAAGGCGCGAUUAAAUAAUUCGGCCGGAGCAAUUACUUUAUCAAAGACAGGAGAAGUAGGAAUAGGUUUUAACAGUAACAGAAUGGCCUGGGCGUAUCAAAAAGGGGAUGAAAUACACUUUGGAAUCGAUCCAAAUGAAAAACAUGUUGAAAAAGUUUGAUUUUUAUUUUUUUUUCGUAUUUUUAUAGUUUUAACAACUUCAUAUUCAAGUAGAUAAAAUUAAUACAUAAAAUGACAUAUCACAACUAAAUUAGUACCCAUUAUAUAAUAAAAUAUAACCAAAUCUAUUAAUAAUACUGAAAAUAAAUUUCGUAAUAAAAUACCUAUGUAAUAAAAUAAAAUAAUAU